UGUCCAAUUUAGUCAAUGAGAACACACCACAUAGUGAAUUAGUUCAACCUUCAAAUAUUAAGGACGAAACAAGUAAAUUAUCUAUUAUUAAAUACUUUUAGUUUUUAUUAUAUGAUGCUUUGUGCUUUUAUUAGAAUUAUAACUUCUAGAUCUUGCUUGAUAUUCACUUUCUACUCUAACUCUAAACUACCAUUUUGCCUAGUUUAACCAGUUACCUAUCCACAAAGACUCCACAAGCAUGUUUCCUACUCCUAAAAUGAAUGAUGACUAACUUCAUUAUUCAUUAAUAUAACUUGCCAGCAAAAAUUUUAUUUUUACUACUGGUUUUUUAGUGAAUUGUUUAAGGUUUAUUAGUUAUUAUAUUUAAUUAAAUUUUUUACAUUUAUUUAAUUCUCAUUUAAUAUAACACUGACAAAAUAAAAAAGUAACAUAUAUAUUUAAUUUAAAUAUAAUCACUUUUGUUGAAAAAUAAAACCGGUGUCCGAGAAAAAAUAAUACAAAUUGUUGAUGUUUGUAAACCUUUGAAGAUAUGUAAUGCAUGUAAACCAGAAUUCUUAAAAAAAAUUGUUAAAUGUAUAAAUAAAUAGUUUCAUGAUAUAGUUUAUGAUUAUAUACUAAUUUCAAAAUUAUGGUAUACACUAUUUUAAAAUAAUAUAGUAGGUAUCUACAUUUUUUAUACGGUUUUAAUAAUAUUUUGUGGUAAUUAUAUAAUUAUUUUUCCAAAACUAUUAAUAUCAUUAAAAAUUAACUUUAAACCUAUAGAACUGUAUCAAAAUAUAAUUUGUAAAAACUAGGGAAUCAUCAACUAUUACUCUAUGAAACAAACCUUAUUUUAUAAGUAUAGUUAUAUUAUAUAUUUAAUCUCUACUUUGACAAACGACAUUAAUAUUAUUGUCUGGAUUCCUAACUCUGGAGUACUGUAUACUUGUAGAUUAAUUAUUAAUUGAUUGAUCUGGUAGUUGAAAUAAUAUGAGUAUUGUACCUGAUGAUAACAUUUUAUCAUUUGUUUUAGUUAUUGACUGAGUGCUAUUGAGAUUUUAAUAAUACGUUUUAUAUUUUUAUAAUAAAUAUGGAAUACGGAUUUUAUGUUUUUAGACUUCAAAUUUAUUAAUGUUAUCAUUAUCAAGUACAAUAUUCGUAUAAUUGAUAACAAUCAUUAGUAUCAUUGGUGUUCUAUAUUUUGGAAAACACAUACGAACAUAUACCAGCACCUCAACUCAUAAUGUGGUGUGAACCCGCCUUUACUCUAUGAUUUUACUAUAAAAAUGUAGAUUUUCAAUACACUGUAGUAUACCAUAGAAUAACCUUAACACCAAGAUAAAUAGGUUUGAAGUGUCUAUGUAAGACGUAUAGACAGAUAUACAUGGUAUGUAUAUCUUAAAUCGUGCUGAAUACUAAUUGUCAACAUAAUACUUUUUAGAUGGCAGAUAGAUUUAAGAACACAGUAACAUACGGAUAGUAAACAGUCAAUGGGUUAAGGCAUAUAUAGGACCGUGGUUAAAGACAGUAUUAUCUUUAACCAUGUUUGAUAAUUUUGUUAUGAUCACAGAUAAACCUUUUUUUUGUUAUAAAUUCAGUCGAUUACAGCACCAAAGUGUUAUCAUAUAAUAUGAUAGUAUCACCUAUAUUCUAAAGUUUGUCAAUAAAGUAUAUAUAAUUUAUAAUUAUAGAUAUCUAGUCAAUCAGUAGCCAGUACUUAACUUUUUUUUCAUAAUUUUUUUAUACGAUCAAAAAUCAAUAUUUUGGUAAUAAAUAUAUAUACAAAUGUAAUGUACGUUUAUCUUCUACUACCACGAUAAGAGUCAACUAGCCUACGCACAAAAUCGAAAACCUUUAGUUCACGUUCUUUUGUCUCUGUGUAUUAACGUAUGUGUGUUUAUUAAAGUUUUUAUUGAUCCCAGUUUGUGUUAAUGCGUAACAAUUAUGUCUCGUAAAGAUUUGACGUUGGUUGAAUAAAUAGGAAAUGGGGAGUUAUUUUUAAAAAUUGAUGAUGAUGUGCAGUGCUUUAAUGAAAAUGAGAAUUACGAUAAUAUUCUUGACGAAAUUGCUGAGAGAAGUCUGCAAAAUGAAGAAAGUGAUGAAAAUGACGACGUUCAACCCGUCAAAAUUACAACAAGAGAAGCAGAAAAGUGCAUUGAUCAGCUGAGACUAUAUUUCAUGCAAAAUGGAAACGAAAAUGUCCCAACAACUUCACUAGAUGUUUGUGCAGAUUUUAUCANUACUAAUAAUAAUAAUAAUAAUUAUAUGUAAUUUUUAAAUAAAGUAUGAAUAGUAAGUAUGUAUAUAUUUUUUAAAUAAAGUUUUUUAGUUUUUUUAAAGUUGUUUUUUUCGUCAGUUCGGCUAAUCGGGACAGUCGGAUAAUGGGGACAAAUAGGUUACCGCCCGAUGUGUCCCCAUUAAGCGGAUUCUUCUGUAAUUAUAAAUAUAUUGUAUAAAAUCAUAAUGUCAAAUCAAGUGGAACCACAUUUUCAAAUUGCAUAUUGGUGAGGUGUUCAAAAAUGUAUUCAAGUGACGCUUUGUAUAAUAUUAAAACUAAAUGUAGGAUUGUGUCACAGCUAAUAAUCACUUAUUUUUAUUUUACUCGUUUAAACUAUAAUUUUAUUAAUUUAAAUAUUCCUCUUCUCCUUCGCUUUUAUCCCAAUUAUUUGUGGUUGGCCACUUUUAUUCUAAACUUUCACUUAACCCGAUCUUCAGGUUAAUAUUACUUUAUAUAUUUUUAAAGUGAUUUAUAAAUUGGUUGAAGUUAAGUUUGUAUAGAAUAAGGUUAGAUUGCCUGGAAUAUUUAUACGAUUUUAGUUAGGAAAUCCAAUAGAUAAAUAUAGGUAUAACCAAAAAUAAAAUAUUAUGAUAUCUAUUCUAUUGUAAAAAAUCUAAAUUUAAUUAAUAUAUUUUUAGGUAAAAAUUCACUUUUAUUGAAAAAUAAUAAUUUUAUUUUAAAAAUCAUUCUAAACAUUUUAUGUCUUGGUUUUACAAAGAUGUUUUUUUUCUAUGUGAACAAUUUCCACCAGAAAGCUUAUUCUUAUAUAUACAAUGAAUAAUAUUUUCUCAAAGGAAUUUUUCUUGGGUGGUACUUUAGAGAGGUAAUUUUUUGAUUUUCUAAGAAGUUUUCUCAUGAAAUGUGAAAAACCGAAAAACAUUAAAACUGAGGAAAAAUGAAAGAAAAUCUAACUGGAAAGAUACUGUAAAAUCAUUUUUUGAUUUUUCCAAAAGUUUUCUCAAUAAAGGGUAAAAACGAGAAAAUUGGUGCAAUAUAAAACAAAUAUUAUUAAAGAUAAUAUAUAAUACUUACCUAAUUAUUUUCCCACUAUAUGACAUAUAGUUGACAAAACAUCACUAACAACUGAACUUCGCUCAGAUUAAUUUUUUUAUUAGCAAUGCUUUAUCAUUGUUUACAGAUAAACAUUAAAUACUCUUCUGUAUCCUACCUUGCCAACUUUCCAUCUAUAACAGUGUCUUCACCCAUUCCUAUUAUCUAAGAACAGCUUUUUCUUACUUUUUCUGCUGUAAAUGUUUCAAUUUUUUUUAUCAUAGAUCUAUGAAUUGGCAAUAGUAUGCCCAUUACUGAUAAGUACUAUGUCAGAUAACUUGUGCUGAAGCAUGAUAGAAAUAAUAAUUAUUCCUUUUUUUUUUAAAUAAUCUUUCACUAAUUUUAACUUAGAAAAUGAAUGAUCUGCACUUAUUAAUGUCACUGGCAUGGGUGCCCGCAGGAAAUUUAUCAGGGCAGUGUCUUAGUAAAGUUUUUAAUGACACUUUUAUUUUUUUUUCAUAAUAUGACUAAAUAAAACCUUUCUGGCCCUUUGAUGACCGAGCUGACAAGGUGAAGGAUAUAAUAAAAUUGAACACAAAAAAAAUGAUAAAAAAAUUGUAUAAAUUAUCUUAUUAUCAAAAAUUAUAUUUGAAAUUUUAAAGUCCAAGGGGGGGCAGAUGCCCCAUCUUACCUCCUACGGGCGCCUAUAAUUAUUUUUAUAGUGAGUAUUAUUCAGAUACCUACUUCUAAACUGAGAAAUGAGCUAGAAGCAUUUUUUAAACAUGCUAAUGCUUGAAGUUAUAUUCUAUUUUAUUUCAAAAAUGUAUCUUUACAUUUGAUAAAAUAUUUUAACUAACUAUCAAUCAGAUAAUUAAAAUCUUAAUUAGUAAUGUUUUAAAAAUCAAGCCAACAAUUUUUAAUUAAGUCAUAAUUGUGGUAUUUUAGAUUUCCGGUUCUAUACAAAAAUUUGAAAAUGAAUUUUGAUAUUAAAAUGUUUAUACUAUGCAACCAUAGAACAAUCAAUAAGAGUCAAAAAGUAAUCAAGACAAAUAGCUACUAUUGGACUGAUUGUUAAUUCAUUGUUACUAUUAUAAUUAUUUAUUUUUCUUUGUAGCUAUCAGUUACACCAAUAGAUUUAACAAUGUAAAUUCCAACACUUUUAGUGUUUUCAAAUACAUUUAUGGAAUUUUUUAAAACCAAUAAUGUCUUUAUACAGAUCCCAGGAAAGAUUUGAUUAUUCAUACUCUAUCAAUGCUAAUCACUUAUUAUGAGUUCUCAAUAAAGUAUUAUUAUUUAGGCACUAUAUGUUGUAAAGCCCUAAAAGUGCUUGGUUUUAUUAAAAUUAUUUGCCGAGUUUAAAUAACUAAGUAAUUAAGAAAUCUAAUAAAUGGCUAUAUUGACUCUCCUAUUCAACAUAUAUCCAUUGUUUAUACCUAAGUACAACACCAAUUAUGUUAAGAACCAGUCAAUCUUUAGAAUAAUAGUAUGGCAAAUAGUAAUCCAUCAGCUAUUUAGUUUUUUGUUAUACAUAUAUAAUUUUUUUUUUUUAUAUUUUAUUUGUUAUUAUUAAUUCUGUAAUUGGGCUCAGUGAAAAUGAAAUUAAAAAACAAAAUAAAAUAUACAUACCUACCUUAUAGGUAUGCUGUCUACAUACCUUUAAUGUAUAGCUACAUAAUAUAAAGUACUAAAGAUUACUAGAAUACUAGAUUGGAAAAUAAAUUUUAACCAAUUAUUGUAAAACUGAUUUAGGAACAAAUUGAAUACAAUUGAUGACAAAUCUACACCAAAAAAUGUUUGUUUGUUAAUGGCUGACAGUAAUGACGAAGAUGAGUUUCCAGUUAAUUCAAUAACUCCAGAUGGUCCAGUAACUGUAUAA